ACAGUUGGUCGAGAAACGGCCAGUUCCAUCGGCUCCGCUAGAGGGCGGGCGGUGUCGAGGAGGCUCGAGUGAGACCCAGCCAUGGUGGUGGGCGGAACUGGGAGUUGGGCGGUCUAGUGGCCGUUGCUGCCGCAGGCAGAGAGCUUCCUGGUCUUGCGUGGUAGUCACGGGUAGCCCCACGUCGAAGCGGGUCCCCACCCGCCACGACACCUGCUGUCUGGGUUCGGUCGGCUGACAGCGGAGCCAGCAGAUACUGCUUUCAGACCACCUGGGGCAAGGCAAUUCCUUCAAAUCGUUGCAAAGUUCCACAGAUCAGCCCCUGAUGUAUUAGACCAUCUCAUAUAAAUGUUGUUCAACAAUAGUUAUGAACUCCCGGUUACGAGCACUAGGUGGGAGAAUAAAUAACAUUCGAGCAUCAGAACUACCAAAGGAAGGAACACGAUCUGAGAUCAUUUGCAGUGUCCGCUUUCUGGAUGGCUCUGUGCAAAGCUUCAAAGUUAGCAAACAAGAUACUGGUCAGGUGUUGUUGGAUUUUGCCUUUAAUCACUUGGCUAUGACAGAGAAGGAAUAUUUUGGUUUACAGCACUGUGAAGAGUCAGCAGAUUCACCAAGAUGGCUUGAAUCUGGUAAACUUGUUCGGAAACAGCUAAAAGGUGGUUUCCCCUGCACCCUGCAUUUUCGAGUAAGGUUUUUUAUACCUGAUCCAAACACACUGCAGCAGGAACAAACCAGGCAUUUAUUCUUCCUGCAAUUGAAGGCUGACAUUUUGGAAGGAAGGUUGCUAUGUCCUGUCAGUUCAGCUGUGGUACUUGCAUCAUAUGCAGUUCAGUCUCAGCUUGGAGACUACAAUAGUUCUGUCCAUCUUCCAGAGUAUCUUUCAGACUAUUGCUUUACACCAGAGCAAAAUAAAGAUUUUCUAACCAAAGUAGAAUCACUACAUGAACAGCACAGUGGCCUCAAACAAUCGGAAGCAGAGUCCUGCUACAUUAAUAUAGCAAGAACACUUGAAUUCUAUGGAAUAGAAUUACACAGUGGUAGAGAUCUUCAUAAUCUCGAUCUUAUGAUUGGAAUUGCUUCAGGGGGUAUUGCAGUGUACAGAAAACUCAUUUGCACAAGCUUCUAUCCAUGGGUGAACAUAAUAAAAAUUUCUUUUAAGCGGAAGAAAUUCUUUAUCCAACAGCGGCAAAAACAUAAUGAAUCCAGGGAACACAUAGUUGCCUUCAAUAUGUUAAACUACCGAGCAUGCAAAAACCUGUGGAAAUCUUGUGUGGAGCUUCACACAUUUUUCCAGGCAAAGAAGAUACUACCUCAUGAAAAGAAGUUACUUUCUCAUUAUUGGACCUUGGGUCCUAAAACGCCAACCAAAUCUUCUAAUAAUCAGUACUGUAGAAAAGUAAUAGGUGGCAUGAUUUGGAAUCCAGCUAUGAGGAGAUCUUUAUCAGCUGAACACCUAGAGACCAAAAGUCUUCCUUCUCGGUCUCCUCCAGUUACCCCAAACUGGCGAAGUCCUAGAUUACGUCAUGAGAUUCGUAAACCAAGACACUCAUCUGUAGAUAACCUUGCAAAUGAGGUUUCUUAUAUAACUGAAACAGAAGAUGUUUUUUACACCUAUAAAAUUUCCCCAGCUUCUAAGGAUAGCGAUUCAGAGUUGUCCCAGAACUGCAGCCCAUGGAGAAGCAGAUCAUCAGAACAGGAAUCACCAAAGAACAUAUUGGAAAAUAACUCAAGACAGAAUUCUUUGUCUCAGACCCUUAAUGGAGUUGGCAACCUUUCAGGAUCUUGUCCUUUGGAUGGAACAGAUCAACAGUCUUCAGAAACAAAAGAAAAUGUUACAAAAGGACUUUUAAGGGAUGAUUCCAAUCAGUACUACUUUGAUAAGAAUGAAGUUAUUGAUGGAGACUUACUUUUGAUACGCAUUUUACCAGAUGAAGAUGGAAAAUUUGGAUUUAACCUGAAGGGUGGUAUUGAUCAGAAGAUACCUCUGGUUGUAUCCAGAAUCAUUCCAGGUUCUCCUUCUGAUAAGUGCGUUCCAAAAUUGCUUGAAGGUGAUCAGAUAGUAUUAAUCAAUGGCCGGGACAUCUCUGAACACACACAUGACCAGGUAGUGAUGUUUAUAAAAGCCAGCAGAGAGUCACACACACGAGAGCUCGUGCUUCUGAUCAGGCGAAAAGUUGUUAGACCAUUUAUUGAGAGCAAGUCAGAGGAUGAAGCUGAUACCUUUAGUUUUCUGGGGACAAUUCUUCCCAACUGUUCUGAGUAUGGUGAGACUUUAGAAGAAUCAAUGGAGCAGCUGAAGAAAGGGCUGGAAAGUGGAACAGUCCUAAUUCAAUUUGAGCAACUUUACAGAAAAAAGCCAGGACUAGCUGUUACUUCCGCAAAGCUACCUCAAAACAUGGACAAAAAUCGGUACAAAGAUGUUUUACCAUAUGAUACCACCCGAGUAAUACUGAAAGGAAAUGAUGAUUAUAUAAAUGCAAAUUAUGUGAAUAUGGAAAUUCCUCCCGCUGGCAUUAUGAACAAAUACAUGGCCACUCAAGGCCCUCUUCCACACACCUGUGGGCAUUUCUGGCAAGCAGUUUGGGAUCACAGAUUAUCAUUGAUUAUCAUGUUGACAACCCUUACAGAACGAGGGCGGACCAAAUGCCAUCAAUAUUGGCCUGAUCCUCCAGACAUUAUGGAUUAUGGCAAGUUCCGUGUCAAGUGUCGAUCUGAAGAUUGCACCAUUGCUUAUGUGUUUAGAGAAAUGGUUAUUACAAAUAUUGAAACAGAGGAAGAACAUACAGUCAGUCAUCUCCAGUAUGUGGCUUGGCCUGAUCAUGGUGUCCCUGAUGAUUCCACAGACUUUUUGGAAUUUGUGACCUACAUGAGAUCAAAAAGAGUGGGCAAUGAGCCAGUUCUUGUUCACUGCAGUGCUGGAAUAGGCCGGACUGGAGUACUGGUUGCUAUGGAAACAGCUAUGUGCUUAAUUGAAAAAAACCAACCUGUUUAUCCACUGGAUAUUGUACGAAAAAUGCGAGAUCAUCGUGCUAUGAUGGUGCAAACAUCAAGUCAGUACAAAUUUAUCUGUGAAGCUAUUCUUCAUGUUUACAAAGAAAGACUAGUUCACCCGCUGGAUUCCAGUUAGCAUAACAGUGAAGAUACAUAUACCAAGCCCAAGUGGUUUGUGGUUAUAAAUGAUGGUGGAGCUCACCAAAGCUCUUGGGAAGAGAAAGCAAGUUUGUACUCUGGCACUUUAAAAUUUUGUAGAAAAUAACUGAACUAUGUACUCUACAUAGGAAUCAGGUAAGUUUGCAAAGGCAUGUGUUGUGGAAUGUACAAACACAUAAAACAAGAAAAAUAUUGAUGUACCCUCCAUAUGCACCUUUUAUUGCCUUAAAUCACUUUUCAUUAGAAGUUACUGUAAUUCCAGUGCUUACCAUUGUAAACUGGAAAAGACCAACCAGCAAUAUCUGGAAAAGCAACCCAGUUAUGUGAAGAGCCAAGUGCCUUCGUCUCCUACAGAGCUGAGAACUCCACAACUCACACAAAAUUGGACUGAAUCAUCCAGUAUGUUAGCAUUGACAGUAUUGCUCAAGCAUAGUUCUGAAAUGAAAUGCCAAGGGCUACCACAUAAGGGCUGGAGCAAUGGCACUGUAAAUCUACCUGCAUUACUGCUAAAUGCAAGCAUAGAUCAUGUGAUAUACAGAAGAAGACAAUGGAGCAGCUUUAUAUGAGAAAGGAUCCAAUCUGUCUUCCACUGGCUAUUUUUAUGUGCCGUCUCUCUAUUGUUCUUUACCUUGUAGUUAAUUCUUCCACAUACUUGUUCUGAGAACAGAUUCAUGAUGUUUUAAAAUUCAGUUUGUAUGAUCUGCUCUUAUGUCUUUCAAAAUCUGUUGGUCUUCAGAUACAGAUGGCAACUGUGUAUUGUGCUGGCUCCUAAACUCUUUUUACUGUUAGUGUAAAGUAAACUUUUUAAUCCAGGGCUGGAGAACUAUUUACUGCUGAAAUGAAUUUACUGUUGCUGCUAAAAUUUAAAGGGCAUAACUAUUCAGAUGGUGAAACACUGAGUUCAUUGUCCAUCAGGAGAAACUGAAAACUACUCUAAUUGCAAGCUAAUUCUUCCAUUGCUUUUGCACCAUCAUUGCUAAGCCAUCUCAUUGUAUUUGACUUUCAAGCCACUUGAGUUACACAUGGAUGCUUGUAUGCCUGGGUCCCAUUCAAUUGGGGGGACUGCACUUUGAAGCAUCCGUGAAAUUUGGCCUCCGUGUGGCUAUACAAGAAAAAACAAGUUGUCCCUGCAGCGGCAAGAAUACUGUAGAAAAAAGAAAGAAGCGGCUGGGAAUUAAGUGGCAUUUACUAAAAAAUCUGAUGGAAAACUUCUAUUUAUCUAGAAUGGUGAAGAAUCUAUAGACUUGGUCCACAGUGAACAGCCAUGGCUUGAAAAACAUGGCAAGCUUAUAGUGCAAUCCUGUGCAUGCUUGCUCCGAAACAGCACUGUCUUCAAUGCGGCUUACUGCCUAGCAAGUGUGCUUAGGGCUGCAGCCUUAAUUAAUUAAUUGAUUGUAUAUAUAGCAUUAGGGGUUUCUGUGUGCAGAUACAAACAUUUGUAUGGUAACAUUGUGAGUCAGAAACUGAGUGGCUUAGGAGCAGCAGUUGCACUACAAAGGUAUUAUAUGAAUUGAUUUUGUUAUGUGAUACUAGUGAAAUAUUAAAAAAAAUCUGAAUGUAUGUAAAAUGCAAUUGGGUUGUACAUUGGUAAUUUGCUUUAAGGUACACUGGUCUGAGUUUCAUUUCAAAGGACAGAAUUGGAAUAAACCUAUCACUGUAUGGUGUUUAAGAAUUUGUCCUUAUUGAUAAUUCUCUGCUAAUAAAAUUAAAACAACAUAUAGAAUAUAUCCUUAUGGGAAAAAAUUGAAUAAAAUUAUGUAUAUAAAGGCUGUUUCUGAGAAAAGUCAUCUACAAGUUUGAAAAACAUUGUGUGUAUGUUUAUAUUGAAAACUAUUUUUCUUUUAAAUAUGCAAAAAAUAAUUGCAAAUGUAGUGUUGUAUCAGACAUCUAGGGUUUUUCCCAAGAGGUUAUUUUCCUCUCCCCCCCCUUAUUUUUUUGCCUGGAAUCAGCAGUGGUUUCACAAUUAAAGUAAUGUGGUGGCCCUCUUGACUCUGAAAAUGAUGGCUUUACGGGGAUCAA